AAUGAAUAAUGAAAUAGAUACGCGAGAGCUUGACAGAGUUCUAGAAGAGUUGAAAGCUUUCAGUGUGGGAUUGGAAGAAAAACGUGUGCCUGUGUUGCAACAACAAGAAAGAGUAGUCUACGAUGAACAAGACGACUCUCUUGACCUUAGCGGCGAAUUCGAGUACAGCUCGAUAACUUCUUCACAAGAGAGUCUAGUCGCUAAAAUGAAGAAACAGAAAGAGUUGAGGAUUAAGGACGAAGAGAUUCAUGCUAAGGAAAAAAAGAGACUUGAUGAGAUUUUAAGUAUGCUCGAAGAUUAUGGGGUUCAACAAUCGUCUCAAGUGGAGAAGAAUGUUCCCAAGUUAAAGAACGAUGCUACUCAACCGAUAAAAUCAUACGCUACAGACGAAAAUGACUAUGACGAACUACACGGUUACGAUAAUUUUACCGCCCCGGAAAAUGGUCACAAAUUGAAUGGCAAAGAAAGCAUAAAAAUAGCUAACGGCUCUAUUCACAAUUCUACCGACUCUAAAAGCGAUUCGUUAUCGGCUAGUUCGGCCGAUACUUUCGAUCGUUCUACGUUUGAAAUGGAAAGAGCAUUGUUGGAAGGCGAGCGCAAUUCAGAAAGUGAAAUAUUACAAGCUUUGCGCAAUCGCUGUGAUGAAAUAGAAAGGAAAGGAUUGGAAUCGAUAAGAGGCAGUAGAAUUGACAACGAACAAGUGGCCAUUGAAUUAGAACGAGAGCGAUUUGAAAUCGAACGAUUAGAAGUAGAAAUCACACAAACGCAAAAAGAAGCCAGUUUAUGUCAAACUGGCGAAGAACUUGAAAAUUAUAAAGCUCUGGAAAAAAAGCAGAGGGAAUCUUUAGAACAUCAUCAAAGGGUAUUCGAAGAAUGGGAAUUUCAAUUAUUAGAGAUCGAAGCGCGUAUCGAGGAACAAAGGGAACGAGUUAAUUCAGAAAUCGAUAGGGAAAGAAGCGAAAUCAAGGCACUAGUUGAAGAACAAGAAGCCAAAGUACAGAGAAUCGACGGUGAGCUAAAGGGAUUAAUUUCGCUUUGCGAGAAGGAUGUCAGGAAUUUUGAGCAGGAAAGAAAUCAAUUCGUUCUGGAAUUCCAACAAACCGCUCAGGCGUUGGUGGAAUGCGACGCUUUGGACCCGAAUUUGAAUGGAAAUAUUGAACUCCCCUCUGAACCGCCAGCAAGUGGUUGGGUUCAUAUGUCAGAUGCAUUUUACCAACUACAUAGUGCAGUUGAGCAGAGAUCGAAAAGAGCCUUUCCGCAAAGUCCCGCUGGCCCUUUGGCUGUUGAAUACGUCAACCAUAACUCCGUCAAACUUGCUAAGUUUGAAAACAAACCCGAACGUCCACUCACGCGCUACUUGCCUGUACCCGAUGACGCCACUUUUGACUUGAAACAGCACCUUGAAUCUGCUGGUCAUCAUCUUGGUGAUGUUACCGAUGUAUUUGUUACCAACAUAUGCUGCCAAGGUUGGCUACAAAAAUUAGGAGGAAGUCGCCCUAGACGAUGGCAGAAACGAUGGUUCGUUUUGGACCGAAGACGCCGUAUACUCUCAUAUUAUUCUUCUAAGCCUCGUAAUGACAGAUCUUCACCUAGAAGUUCAAUUGGCUUUGAUGAUAUUUCGGAAGUAUACGUUCAAAAUAGUAAUGGAUCGCCUGGUAGCGCAUUCUGCGUACUCACUAAGCAAAGGACUCUUACACUCUGCUCAGCGACUCCUCAAUCUAGAGCCAUUUGGAUGGAUGCUAUAUUUCUUGGUGGUGCUCAUGGAUAUAAAUUCAAUGGCGUCGAAUAA